CCCGAUAACGCGAAGAUGAGGAGAGGACGCGGUAGCCUUUCGCUUCUCCUCUCCUCUUCUCCGACGAAACCCCAAUCCCCAACUCCGACGCUUCCUCCGCCCCGGCGAUCGCCGCCACCCGAAUCCCCCCGCGACCGCCUCCGAUUGAUUCGAUCCGGUGAUCUUGUGUUGUUGCCACAUGAUUGUUGUCUCUAAAUGAUUCUAUGGGGGCCCCGAAUGAAGUGACAUCGUACUCUUCCCUCUCCAAAAUCGAUAGCAACAACCAGGGAGGUCAUCUAUCUAGUCUAGUUCCAGCAAACAUUUACCCAGCGCAGGAUUAUCUCUAUGAACCGUCCCUGGAGCCAGAUUUCCCAUCGGAGUACGAUUCUAGAGAAGAUCCAUUUGUUCCAACACGAGCUAGUUCAAAUAUCAAUUUGAAGACUGUCCUAACUGGGCUGGCUGCUAUUGUUUCGGGCACAAAUAAGAACCAGGAUAAUACACUGCAGCAGCAAAGUUUCAGCACGGAUGUCUCAUUUCUAGGAUUUGACAAGGAUGGUGAUGUUAAUGUACAUCCAUCUGUAUGCGUUCCUAGUGCGCCACCACUACUUGAAACAAAUGCUUUACAAUACAGUGCAUACAGGGAGGUGCUACAGGCAGAUCCUCCAGAAUGGUUACCAGAUAGCUCUACCAGUGUGUGCCUGCAAUGCAGUUUGCCUUUCACAGCUCUGACUCGUGGAAGGCACCAUUGCCGGUUCUGUGGAGGUAUUUUCUGUAAAGAUUGUUCCAAGGGAAGAUGCUUGAUGCCCAUGAAGUUCAGGCAGCGUGAUCCUCAGAGAGUGUGUGAUGCUUGCUACGAUAGGCUCGAUCCACUUCAGGGAAUAUUGAUCAAUUACAAUAGCAAUGCCAUGCAGCCAGCAAAACAUGAUGUUAUGGAUUGGACAAGCACAAGAAGCUGGUUGAACUUGCCUGUUGGUUUAUCAAUGGAGUAUGAGAUAUACAAGGCAACAAAUACACUAAAUAGAUAUUGCCAGGUUGCUAGAUUAAACCCUGAGAAGUCCAUCCCAUCAUCUAUUCUAAAGGGAGCUAAGGGGCUUGCUGUGAUAACAGUUGCCAAGGCGGGUGCAGUUCUUACAUACAAAGUUGGCACUGGCCUUGUAGUUGCCCGAAGAUCAGAUGGAUCAUGGUCUGCCCCAUCAGCAAUUGCAUCUGUUGGCCUGGGAUGGGGAGUUCAGUUUGGUGGCGAACUGACAGAUUUUAUAAUUGUACUUCAUGAUCGUAAGGCUGUCAAGGCAUUCAGCAGUCGCAUGCAUCUUUCUCUUGGGGCAGGAUUAAGUGCAGCAGCAGGACCAAUUGGCAGGGCCUUUGAAGCAGAUGUUAGGGCCAGUGAAAAAGGUUCUGGGCUCUGCUACACUUACAGCUGUAGCAAAGGUGCCUUUGUUGGGGUCUCAUUGGAAGGAAAUGUCGUGACAACCAGAUCAGAGACCAAUCUACGCUUCUAUGGCGAUGCUUACUUGACCACAACUGAUAUCCUGUUUGGGAAGGUGGAGAAACCCAGAGCCGCCCAGCCCCUGUACUCAGCUCUAGAUGAUCUAUUCUCUAAAAUGGUUUACUAGUUCUACGUGUUCAUGCCAAAAAAAAAAAGGAAAAAAAGAAAAGGAAAAGCUCUCCAUUACUCAUUGAUGUACACAAUAUGUAUAUAAAGAAAAAGGUAGGAAAAUGUACAGCUUUUAAGUCCUGUUCGGAUGGGUCGAUUUGGGUUAAAAUCCCUUGCACGACUUAUAGGUUCAAAUGUGAAAAAGGUCCCAAAGUAUUUUAUAAUUCAAGUACCCAAAUCUGAACAGACCAAUUGGAUUGUGUUCCACUGAUAAUCUCUCGGUACACAUGUAAAUAUUAUCAUGAUAUUUCAGGCCCUGUUGUUACUUUAUUCUGGACUUGGGCUUUCGUUUGCAUAUUCUCCAAGCUCUUAAACGGUUUGUGUAAAAAAAAAUUCUAUAUAAAAGUUUCAUCAA